AUGUCAAGGGUUACCAAUUCAAUGGAUAAAAGUUCUGCAGAUGUGAAUCGUUAUGCCGAUAUUAGUAAUAACCCAUUACACACCGUUACAUUUACGUCGUUUGCACUGGGAACAGUACUAGGUUUGUUUUUGGGUUUGAUAAAAGUCGUCAAAAUGAAAAACUUGAAUGCCUAUAUUGUGUUUCUCUGCUUCUUUCAUUUCAUGGAGUAUUUUAUUACUGCCAAGUACAACCCUUUGAAAGUCAAUCAAGAUUCUUUUUUACUUAAUAAUGGAUCGGUUUACAUAUUGUGUCAUCUUAUUGCAACACUGGAAUACGUCAUUGAGUACAUUUUCUAUCCAAAUAUAAAGGUCACUGGACAUUCCAAGUUUCGUUUUUCAAUUAUCGUUGCCGGAUAUCUAUGCAUAAGCGCUGGUCAAGCGAUAAGAUCUUUAGCCAUGUCAACUGCUGGUAAAUCAUUUUCUCAUGUAUUACAAACCAAAAAAAAAAAAGAUCACACGUUGAUUCAAUCAGGAGUCUAUCAAUGGUUUAGACAUCCAAGUUAUUUUGGAUUCUUUUGGUGGGCGUUGGGUACACAAAUGAUUUUGCUCAACCCAGUUUCUUUUACACUUUUUGCAGUUGUAUUAUGGAAGUUCUUUCAUGAUAGAAUCAAGACAGAGGAGAUAUAUUUGAUUAAAUUUUUUGGCGAUGACUAUAUAAAAUUCAAGACAUGUGUUCCCGUAAGAAUCCCAUUCAUUGAGUGA